UUCCGUUGAAAACUUAGUUGGCGGUAGUCUAUGUCUUUGUUAUUUUGUUCAGAAAUCCUUGUGUUAUUUCUAGUUAUAAAGAUAAACUGAUAAGCUUAAUAUUCAGUGGAUUUCCCUGUGUGUGAUGGCUAGUGGUUUGACAACAGACGUUGUUAGUGGCAAUGGUGGAGUUAGCCAAGACAAGUGUUCGCCUCUUGCAAACAGUAAAUCUCCUGACUUGAAAGGUGUUGUUAAAUCAGAGUACAUGAGGCUACGUAGAUUAAAGAAACUCAAACAUACAGAACAAGUAAAGGCAUUGUAUAGUGAUAACCGUAAAGAUAUUCUGGAAGACUUGGAAGAUCACCACUCCAUGUAUACAAAUCCAGAAAUACAAAGUUUCUACACUCCAGAAAUUCUUACAGCAGCUACACUUGACAAGAAGUGUGAAAUUACAAGUGCUAUUAAAGAGCUUGGUGUUCAAUCUGUUCCACUCCGUAUGAUGAAUCCCCUCAAACCAAUACCAUCAAUGUAUUCAUGGGCUCCAUUACAACAAAACUAUGUGGUUGAGGAUGAAACUGUAUUACACAAUAUUCCAUAUAUGGGAGAUGAUCUUUUGGAAAAAGAUACCUCUUUUAUUGAAGAGCUUAUCAAGAAUUAUGAUGGGAAAGUUCAUGGAGACAAGGACAAAUCAAUGCUUGAUGAUGAAUUGUUGAUUAAUCUUGUACAGUCAGUUUCUGCAGCCUUUAAUAAAGAACAAAAUGAAUGUUCAAAGAGUUUUCCUGCAUUUGCUGUGUUUGAAGCCAUCAGUGAAGUGUUCCCAGAGAAAGGGAAACCUGAGACAUUGAAGCACAUGUACAAAGAUUUGCUGGAAAAAAAUGAUCCGAGUUCUUUACCAGCGGAAUGUACACCCAACAUUGACGGUCCUAAUGCCAUGUCAGUACCGAGGGAGCAAACUCUGCACUCAUUUCAUACAUUGUUUUGUCGGAGGUGUUACAAGUAUGACUGCUGUCUACAUCCUUAUAGACCAAGUCCGAGUAGUUUGAUGAGGAAGAUGCCAGACAAGAAGCAGGAACCAGAACCAUGUGGUGCAGAUUGUUUUAUGCACAUUGUGAGUAUAUAGAAGGAAAAGGAGGUAUCUGUCUCGGAUUCCGAGAAGUCGGACAAAGAGUGUAAAACUGAGCGUAGUAAAUCUCCUGUAGGAAUGAUAAAAGGAAAGAAACGUAAAACAAACGGAACUGGUAGUGGUAGUGAAGAUAGUAACGAUGGCGUCGGUUCCAUUAUGAAAGCAAAAUACAAAAGUUUGGAUUUGAAGUACCCUAUGAAGAGUAAGAAGAUUGUGAAAGAGUGGACAGGAGCUGAAGAAUCUUUGUUCCGUGUACUGGCUGAGAUGUAUAGAACAAACUAUUGUGCAAUAGCCAAACUACUGUGGAAUAAAAACUGUAAACAGGUAUACGAGUUCGCUUUAAAGGAGAUGAUGCAUCUACCUGAUAUUGACAGCGAGGAUAAUGAGAAAACGCCACCUAGGAAAAUUAAAUCUAAAAAAAGACCAACAAGUAAAGUUUGGGCAUUACAUUCAAAGCGAGUACAGAUGAAGAAGGACAGUAACAUUAAGACAGUGUCAAACUAUGUACCAUGUGAUCAUCCGGGCAUGAGAUGUGAUGAUACUUGUCAGUGUGUGAUGGCACAAAAUUUCUGUGAAAAGUUUUGUCAAUGCAGUGAUGAAUGUCAGAAUCGUUUCCCUGGUUGUAGAUGUAAGGCUCAGUGUAACACUAAACAAUGUCCAUGUUUCCUGGCGGUGAGAGAAUGUGACCCAGAUCUUUGUCAACCUUGUGGUGCCGACCAGUUUGAUACUGAUAAAAUUUCGUGCAAAAAUGUUAAUGUUCAACGAAAUCUAAAAAAGCACUUACUGUUAGCACCUUCAGAUGUAGCUGGUUGGGGAAUAUUCUUGAAGGAGUCGUGUGAAAAAAAUGAGUUUAUAUCAGAGUAUUGUGGUGAGAUUAUAUCACAGGAUGAGGCAGAUAGACGAGGCAAGGUCUAUGAUAAAUACAUGUGUAGUUUCCUCUUCAAUCUUAACAAUGAUUUUGUGGUUGAUGCAACACGUAAAGGAAACAAGAUCCGGUUUGCUAACCAUUCAGUCAAUCCAAAUUGUUAUGCUAAGGUAAUGAUGGUGAAUGGAGAUCACAGAAUUGGAAUCUUUGCUAAACGACCUAUACAAUCAGGGGAGGAACUUUUCUUUGAUUACAGAUAUGGACCAACAGAACAACUAAGAUUUGUGGGUAUAGAAAGGGAUGUAGAGAUGAUCUGAUUGCUAGACUGUAGACUGUUGUUUUGAAAUUUGGAUGUACUCAAAUUCUGUUGGAAUCUCAAACAUGUAGAUUCUCAGUUGGUGAUUGAACUAUUCUAUCAAAGAGCUGUAAUAAAAGUCUCUGGUUCUGUACAUUAUUGAUGGACGUUUCAGAAGUAGUGUUUGUUUUAGUAAAUGGACACAGUCUAAGAUAACAAACCUGAUUUGAACAUUCAAUAUCUUUUGAUACAAUUACUUCAAGAAUAUUGCGAAAUUAGUUUUAAAACCAGACAAACAAACUUUUCACCUUUCACCAAAGACAAUUUUAUUUUUAUUUGUAUAGUAUUUUGAUGCUGCCUAAAAAGUUACUCUGUUUUCCAGCUAUCAUAUCCACUUUGUGUCAAGAACAUUUAUGAAUUCAGUGAUAGAUUUUUUACAUUUAACAAAAAAGUAAAACAAAAGUUGUAUUGUCUUUAUCGUCUGCAUAAGUAUUUUAAUUUGCUGCAAUGUUUUACACAUUAUCUAAGAAAAAGACUAGAUUUUGAUAUAAGGUGCCACUGGUUUGUAAGUUUGUGAAUUCCUUCUGUUACUAAGGAUUUGAAAGAAAAAAACAAUUGUAAGGCAAAGCUGUGAUGAUGCUCAGUGUCAAAGUGCCUGUAUAGCAACUGUGAAAAGAAAAGUAGCUUGAAAUAAUGAAAUGAAAUUUAUGCUUGUACAUUUUCAGUUUCCUUGGAAAUUUGUAAAUGUUAAUAAAUUAGUGUUACU